AUGAUUUCAAUUUUGAAAAUAUAUAGAUUUAAUACAAUAAAAGUAUGUAUUUGUUUUAUUAUUGUAUUCAUUUAUAUAUAUAUAAGUAUUAUAAUAUUUAAUAAAAAUAUAAAGAAAAUAGAUUAUGAAAAAGAUGAAAAUAUAUGUAUGAAAGAAAAAUUUGAUAUUCAUAAGAAUCUUGAAGAUGAAAUGAUUAAACAACAAGAAAGAAUAUUAUUAGGUUUAACAUCAAAAACUAUCUUUAGAAAUUCUGUCAUAAGUUUACUUCAAAAGAUUGAUAGCUGUCAUAGAACAAAUGAUGUCGUAAAAAUGCCACUACUAAAGUCUUAUCAAAUGGAGUUCUUUAUAUUUUUUUUACUAUCUUUUCCUAUAUUUGUAUUGAUGAUACUUGAAAUAUAUAAACGUGUGAAUAAGCAUAUUAGUUUGUUUAACUUCUGA